AUGGAGGACGACAACGGCUUUUUUUUUUCCACGGACAUUGGUGAAGGUCACACGGAACAUUGGUCUAGCUGGAGACCUGUUAUACCGUCUGAUUACGCACAAAUCGCCGGUGGCAACGGUGGCGCAGAAGGCAUGCGCGGCCGGCGUGACGGCGCGGCCAAUUGGUCGAGAUUGCGAGUUUCCGUCGCGCUGCUUCCGGCCGAUAAAAGCAAGACCGCU